UGGGGCUUCUUCAUUAACAACUACUACUUCUGUUUAUCCUUCAGUUGACUACUACUCACUUCCUCCUGGUCUUAACCUGUCUCAGCCAUUGACCAAAUAUCUUGUCUCCGACCACCUGUCCCAGUCGGUCGUAUCUGCCUGCUUGCUCCUGACCGGGUCUCCUUUGACACUUGGUUUCCGACGACGCGAUGGGUCUCUGGGAGUCCUCCUUGGUGGACCCUUGUCUGGGCUAUCCUCCAUACACCGACUUGUUGACCUUUGCUUUCCGCAGCCCCUACCCCUACGACAGAGAGCGACCAUUGUUCAUUGACGCGGAAAAUCCUUCGCAGUCGUUCAAUGCACGGCAGUUUGAGACCCUGGUCCGCACACUGAUUGCAGGGUUGAAGGCCCAUGGAGUGCAGCGAGGGGAUUGUGUGUUGGUCCAUCUUGGGAAUAGUAUCAUAUACCCCGCACUCUUCUAUAGUAUCAUCGGCGCCGGCGGAGUGUUCAUGGGCACCAACGCACGAAGUCAACCACAAGAGCUCGACCACUUGCUUCAGCUGGCCGAACCCAGAUUGAUAAUUACCUCUCGCGAUGCCCUUGCAACCGUUCUCAAGGUCUCGGCCGACCGGGAAAUAUCCCCCAGCCAAGUUUGCCUAUUGGACGAGUUGGCCGAAGAUCACAUUGGCCAGCUUCUGUUCUCAGGGCCCAUGGCCUAUGCGGCCGCAAGCGUGCCGUAUCUCGCCAACACCGAGAACGGAAGCCACUUGACCUUCGCUCACCUGCUCGCGUACGGGGAAGAGGAUUGGCUCACCUUCCAUGACGAGGAGAUUGCCAAAUCGACGCCGGCCGCGAUGUUCCCCACCAGCGGCACCGGGGGGUUACCCAAGGCGGCGAUUCUGUCGCAUCACGCUAUCAUAUCGCAACAUCUCGGCAUCCAGUACGAGGUGCCCUACGAGGUGACGCGGCUAAUGUCACUCCCCAUGUUCCAUCUGUUCGGGGCCCUGUGGACCCACCUGUUCCCCAUCCGCUAUGGACAGCCUUUGUUUGUCCUCUCGCGCUUCGAACUCGCGCAGUUCGUCGCGGCGGUGUAUCAGUAUCGCAUCUCUGAGACCUACAUGGUUCCGGCCAUGAUCCACGCCUUCAAUCGCGCGACCAUCCCGGUUGCGGACUAUUUGUCGUCACUACGCUAUGUGGGGGUGGCUGGCGCACCGAUUGACGGGCCGUCGAUGGAACAAUUCGGGCAACUGCUCCAUAGCGAGGCGCAAGCCUCCCAGCUCUGGGGGAUGACCGAGGUGGGUGUGGUGUUCCAGAACCGGUACGGAGAGCCAGGCCACCCCGGAAGCAUCGGAAGGCAGCUCGCGGGGUAUGAGGCCCGACUGAUUGGCCAAGAUGGGGAGGUGGUCGCGGAGGAGAACAAGCCUGGGGAGCUAUUUGUGCGUGGGGCUGGCCUACUUCUGGGGUACAAGGGACGCACUGAUGCGAAAGACGCGCAUGGCUGGUUCCGCACCGGGGAUGUGGCCUAUGUCAGAGACGGGGUAUACUACAUCCACGGCCGGACCAAAGAGUUGAUCAAGGUUCGAGGAUGGCAAGUUGCGCCGGCCGAACUCGAAGCGGUCCUGCUGCUACACCCAGGCAUCGAGGACGCGGCGGUGAUUGGGGUUACAUCGCACGACGGCAGCACGGAGCUCCCGCGGGCCUUCAUUGUGCGGGCGAAGAACGCGACAGGCAACCGGUUGACGGCGGACGAGGCGUACUCGUUCACGCGACAGCAAUUGGUCAGCUACAAGGCGCUGGACGGGGGCAUUAUCUUCGUGGAGGAAAUUCCGCGCACGGCGAGUGGGAAGAUCCAACGGUUCAAGCUGGCGCAGAUGAACACCUAUCGGGAGAUAGUUAGCUCGCUGCUGACGCGUUUCAAGGGCACUACUCUCCAGACGGUCGGGAUUAUGCAUAAGGGGCGCAUUACGGUCUGACCCUGCCCCUCUUUUCUUGAAGUUGCUCUGGAUUGGCGUUUGCGGCGGGUCUCUUGUCUGGAUAGUGG